GAAGAACUUAAGCAAUAUUUAGAGGAGAACCUUCGAAGAGGAUAUAUCUGCCUGUCGACAUUGCUAGCAGGCUACCUAAUCCUGUUUAUACCUAAGAAAGACGGAAAGCUAUGGUUAUAUAUUGACUAUUGGCAACUUAACGAACAGACUAUGAAAAACUGA